UAGGACAGGGCUGGCUUGAUGUGGGUGGUCCCGGGGCAGUGCUGACCUCACUCUGAGGUUCUGCUCUGUCUGGGGGCUCUGCCCCCUCCCCCAUCAUCCCUGGCAGAUUUCUGCUUCUCUGGAACGCUUUGCGGAGGUGGCAUUGUGCUUGUGGCCUUGAGUACUGUUCCGGGAGAGGGUGUUGUUCACCCCACGGCCCGUGGCUGGGAUUGUGAGCACUGCUGUGAAUACACCCACCCACCUCCAAGCCGUCGGCACACAUGGAUCACCCAGGCCCGGGUGGGGAACACUGGUGUGCCCAGAGAUGUGAGUGUGCUUGGGUCUGCAGCGAUGUGGGCAGAGACUGAGAGGAAGCGGAUGCAGUUGUGAAUGAAGACAGACACAGGAAGGUGACAGAGGUCUGGGCUCCUGAGGCUGCCAGCGGACUAUGGGCACCACGGCCAGCACAGCCCAGCAGACGGUUUCGGCGGGCACCCCCUUUGAGGGUCUCCAGGGCGGCGGCACAAUGGACAGUCAGCACUCGCUCAGUGUCCACUCCUUUCAGACCACGGGCAUGCACAACAGUAAGGCCAAGUCCAUCAUCCCCAACAAAGUGGCCCCCGUCGUGAUCACGUACAACUGUAAGGAGGAGUUCCAGAUCCAUGACGAACUACUCAAGUCCCAUUACACGCUGGGCCGGCUCUCAGACGCCACCCCUGAGCACUACCUGGUGCAGGGACGCUACUUCCUGGUGCGGGAUAUUGCUGAGAAGAUGGAUGUCCUGGGCACUGCUCAGAGCUGUGGGGCCCCCAACUUCCGGCAAGUACGGAAUGGGCUCACCGUGUUUGGCAUGGGACAGCCCAGCCUCUCUGGAUUCAGGCGGGUCCUCCAGAAACUCCAGAAGGAUGGACACAAGGAGUGCGUGGUCUUCUGUGUGCGGGAGGAGCCCGUGCUGUUCCUGCGUGCCGAUGACGACUUCGUGCCCUACACACCUCGAGAUAAGCAGAAUCUUCGUGAGAACCUCCAGGGCCUGGGACCUGGGAUCCAGGCAGAGAGCUUAGAGCUGGCCAUCCGGAAAGAGAUCCAUGACUUCGCCCAGCUGAGCGAGAACACUUACCAUGUUUACCACAACAUCGAGGACCUGCUGGGGGAGCCCCACGCUGUGACCAUCCGGGGUGAGGACGAUGUGCACGUGACCGAGGAGGUGUACAAGCGGCCCCUCUUCCUGCAGCCUGCCUACAGGUACUACCGCCUGCCCUUGCCAGAGCAAGGGGCCCCCCUGGAAGCCCAGUUUGAUGCCUUUGUGAAUGUUCUCCGGGAAACCCCCAGCCUGCUGCCGCUCCGUGAUGCCCACGGGCCUCCUCCUGCUCUCCUCUUCAGCUGUCAGACAGGCGUGGGCAGGACCAACCUGGGAAUGACCCUGGGGUCCCUCGUCCUGUUUCACCACAGUGGGGCUGCCUCGAGGCCAGAGGCUGUUCCCCUGCAGGCCAAGCCGCUGCCCCUGGGGCAGCUUCAGCUGAUCCAGAGCUUUCUCCAUGUGGUGCCUCAGGGGAGGAAGAUGGUGGACGAGGUGGACAGAGCCAUUGCCGCCUGUGCCGAGCUGCACGACCUGAAGGAGGUGGUCUUGGGAUACCCGAGGAAGCUGGAAGGCACCCGGCCUGAGAGCCCAGCCCAGGAAAGUUGCAGCCAGCACGGUGUCCGGCAGAGGGCGCUGCAGAGCCUGGAGCGAUACUUCUACCUGAUCCUGUUUAACUACUAUCUCCAUGAGCAGUACCCGCUGGCCUUUGCCCUCAGUUUCAGCCGCUGGCUAUGUGCCCACCCCGAGCUGUACCGCCUGCCUGUGACCCUGAGCUCAGCAGGGCCUGUGGCCCCUGGGGACCUCAUUACUAAGGGCUCUCUGGGGGCGGACGACCUCAUCUCCCCAGAUGCUCUCAGCACCGUCAGAGAGAUGGAUGUGGCCAACUUCCGCCGUGUACCCCGCAUGCCCAUCUAUGGCACGGCACAGCCCAGCGCCAAGGCCCUGGGGAGCAUCCUGGCCUACCUAACCGAUGCCAAGAGGAAGCUCCGGCAUGUCAUGUGGGUCAACCUGAGGGAGGAGGCCGUGCUGGAGUGUGACGGGCACACCCACAGCCUGCGGUGGCCUGGGCCCCCCAUGGCCUCCGACCAGCUUGAGAACCUGGAGUCCCAGCUGAAGGCCCACCUGAGUAUGCCUCUCCCAGGCCCUGGGGGUCCAGCGACCCGUAGGUUCCAGACAUGCCGCACCUUGCAGGAGGUCUUCGCCCAGCACCGAGGGGCCUACCCUGGCCUCACUUACCACCGCAUCCCCCUGCCGGACUUCUGCGCCCCCUGCGAGCAGGAUUUUGACAGGCUGCUUGAAGUUGUACGGGCUGCCCUUGUGAAGGACCCGGGCACUGGCUUCGUGUUCAGCUGCCUCAGUGGCGAGGGCCGGACCACGACUGCCAUGGUGGUGGCUGUGCUCGCCUUCUGGCACAUCCAGGGCUUCCCCGAGGUGGGCGAGGAGGAGCUCGUGAGUGUGCCUGAUGCCAAGUUCACCAAGGGCGAGUUUGAGGUGGUGAUGAAGGUGGUGCAGCUGCUGCCUGACGGGCACCGAGUGAAGAAGGAGGUAGAUGCAGCCCUGGACACGGUCAGUGAGACCAUGACGCCCAUGCACUAUCACUUGCGGGAAAUCAUCAUCUGCACCUACCGCCAGGCGAAAGCAGCCAAGUCGGAGCCGGAGGCGGGGCGGCUGCAGCUGCAGAGCCUACAGUUUCUGGAACGUUACGUGUACCUGGUGCUCUUCAAUGCUUACCUCCACCUGGAGAAGCCCGACUCCUGGCAGAGGCCCUUCGGCUCCUGGAUGCGACAGGUGGCAUCGAAGGCGGGAGUCUACGAGAUCCUCAACCAGCUGGGCUUCCCCGAGCUCGAGAGCGGGUGGGACCAGCCCUUCUCCAGGCUUCGCUGCCGGUGGCAGGAGCAGAGCCGCAGCCCCGAGCCCUCCACCCCUGGGGACUUCCUGUAAGAUGUGCCCCCCCAUCCCUGUCCACACCCCCCUCACGGCUUCAUGCCGGCUGGGGGUGCUCCAGGUGCUCUCCACGGGGAGUGCUCUCGAGGAAUCCGUGCCCCAGCUUCCCAGAGACACUGGGGCAGGGUUGGGACCCUUUUUCAAAAAGAGCUUUUUAUAGGACAAGUAGUGCACAGUUAAUGCUUGUGAACAGCAGGCGCGUGCGCCUUGCAGACUGCAGACGGCUUCCGAGGAGCUCAGUCCCCAAGUAGCCGAGCAAAGCUCCUCGCCACGGCCACGUGCGCGCCCUCCUCUCUCACGCCACAGUGGUCCCGACAGCCUGGGGUGCUGGGCUGGUUUCCCUCUCUUGCUGCCCUCCUUGCUUGGCUCCUGGUCCCCCGGGAGAGGACAGGGUUCUGGUGGACCUGUCACCUUAAGGCAGCUUCCCACCCAGUGUCCUUGCCUCUUGUGCCCCAUCUCCAGCCUGGAGACCUCAGGAGUGCGACCCCAUGGCCUGCUGGGUCUGGCAGAGGCUCUGCCUCUCCUUCCUUCCCCGCCCCAUCCCCUGAGGCUGGUGGGACUGAGGAGGUCCUCCAGCUGGAAGGGCAGAGACCCUCUCAGGAGGCAGGAGCUUCUAGAAGGUGGCUGCAGCCCUAUUAAAGAGGCCAGCCCUGCUUUCCAGGGAACCAGGGUGGGCAGUGCUGAGGAAGCCCAAGCUCCCAGCAGGGGGUCCCUCUCACUUCUUCCCUGCCCUGGCCGCCCAGAUGGCCCCAAGUCCCCUCCAGCUGCGGCAGGAGCCCCGAGGAUGGGUGGGUGACCCCGAGUGAACAGCGGAGCGUGCGAGUAGGCUGAAGGGUGUUCCAGGCCAUCCCAGCUGAGGACCCCCGAGAUUUCCCUCUAGAGGGAGCAGAGGGACCGAGGGUUAGGAAGCAGGAGGCCUUGGGAGCCACUGUCCCCACGGUGGGAAGGCUGCGGGGAGCGGUUGGUCCUGUGGAGAUGAGUCAUGCAGCUCUUCCUCUGGGGACCACUGUCUGCUGAUGCCCCGGGUCUGGUGGUGUGGAGGCUGCCCCUUAGGCCUGGCUCGUGGGAGCCUGGGAGCCCUCCCCGGUUGAACGCAUGCACUUCUGCAGAAAAACAGCAGAGGCAUCUCUGGUCCUGGGAGGAGAGGCCAGAGUUGUUCACAUCCACCUAGUAGUGGAAAAUACUUGGCCAUCUUGGCUGAAAUCUUUUGCAAAACUACUGUAUGUCUGUUCAUUACCUUUUCAGAUUUGUGGUUUUUUUUUGUUUUUAGUUUUGCAUGUAUUAAAAAGUUUUCAUUUCUUUGCAGACAAGGUCUAGAUGAGGGGUCACAGAUCAGGCUGAACUGGGAGGGAUCCUCUGUGUUCUCACGGUUGGCCCUGACUUUCAGCUGUGCUGGGACCACGGGCUGGUCACUUCGCCUCUCUGCCUCAGUUUCCCCAUUUGUAAAAUGGGAGAAUUAUACUUGCCUACCUACCUCACAGGGGUGUUGUGAGGACUCAUUUGUGACUUUUUUUUUUGUACAUAGCUUUUGAGCAUUAAAAAUGGCUAAAUGUGAA